AUGGAGUUUGCGGAGCUGAUCAAGACGCCCCGAGCAGACAAUGUGGUGCUGCACCGCCCGUUCCACACGGCCGUGGAGGGGACGCUGUGCCUCACCGGGCACCACCUCAUCCUGUCCUCCCGGCGCCAGGAGAACGCAGAGGAGCUGUGGCUGCUGCACUCCAACAUCGACUCCAUCGAGAAGAGGUUUUUGGGCUCAUUGGGGACCAUCAUUAUAAAAUGCAAAGAUCUGAGAAUAAUCCAGCUGGACAUUCCUGGCAUGGAAGAGUGUUUGAACAUCGCGAGCUCCAUCGAGGCACUUUCCACCCUGGAUUCAGUGACCCUCAUGUAUCCCUUCUUCUACCGCCCCAUGUUUGAUGUCCUGGAAGAUGGCUGGCGCUCCUUCCUGCCUGACCAGGAGUUUGAGCUGCUCAGUUCAAUGACAGACGAAUGGCGCCUCAGCUGCAUCAAUAAGGAAUUCUCUGUCUGUCCCUCCUACCCUCCAGUUGUCAUUGUCCCCAAAUCCAUCGAUGAUGAAGCUCUUCGGAAAGUUGCCAUGUUUCGCCAUGGCAGUCGCUUCCCAGUGCUCAGCUAUUACCACAAGAAGAAUGGGAUGGUCAUGAUGAGGAGCAGUCAACCCCUUACAGGCACCAACGGGCGCCGCUGCAAAGAAGAUGAGAAGCUGAUUAAUGCCACUCUGCGGCCUGGCAAGCGUGGCUACAUCAUUGACACCAGGUCCCUGAACGUGGCCCAGCAGGCCAGGGCCAAAGGAGGGGGUUUUGAGCAAGAAGCUCACUACCCCCAGUGGAGGAGGAUUCACAAGUGCAUCGAGAGGUUUAAUAUCCUGCAGGAAAGCCUCAUCAAACUGGUGGAAGCCUGUAAUGAUCAGUCACACAACAUGGACCGCUGGCUCAGUAAACUGGAGGCUUCCAACUGGCUAACUCACAUCAAGGAGAUCCUGACUGCAGCUUGUCUGGCUGCUCAGUGCAUUGACAGGGAAGGUGCUUCAGUGUUAGUCCAUGGGACUGAAGGAACUGAUUCAACACUCCAAGUCACUUCUCUGGCACAGAUUAUCUUGGAUCCAAGGUGCAGGACCAUACGUGGCUUUGAGUCUCUGGUUGUGAGGGAGUGGCUGCAGGCUGGUCACCCUUUCCAGCAGCGCUGUGCCCAAUCUGCCUAUUCCAACAGCAAGCAGAAAUGGGAGGCCCCGGUGUUCCUCCUCUUUUUGGACUGUGUGUGGCAGAUCCUUCGGCAGUUCCCUUGCUCUUUUGAAUUCAACGAACAGUUCCUCAUCAUGCUCUUUGAACAUGCUUAUGCUUCCCAGUUUGGGACUUUCCUGGGAAACAAUGAAAAUGAAAGGGCUAAACUGAAGCUGCCUCAAAAGACCAUGUCCCUGUGGUCCUGGGUGAACAGGUCUGAAGAACUGAGCAAAUUCCAGAACCCUCUUUUUGAGGCCAAUAGCCUUGUCAUCUGGCCCUCUGUGGCCCCACAGAGCCUGCAGCUGUGGGAAGGUGUCUUCCUUCGGUGGAACAGACCUUCCAAGUUCCUCGACGAAGCCCAGGAAGAAAUGAUCAACAUUAUAAAAUACAACAAGGAACUUCAGGCCAAGGUUAAUGCCUUGAGGAGACAACUGGCAGAGCUGGAGACAGAUGACAGGAUGCAGGAGAACCUGUGAGCUGGCAGGGCUUUGCCUCAGGUCUUUCCUUUCCAGACCCACUUUACAUUGAAGACUAAACAUGGCAAGUGCAUGU